UUGAAAACAUGCCACCGCCCACCGUCCCGCUACCCCGCCCCAGUUCCCAUUUGGUACACAGUAAGGAAUAUACUCGUACAGAGGUACGCAGAGACAUGUGCUCUGCUCACCUGCUGAGGCCGAUGUCAACAAACAGACAAGCGGCGGUGGCGGAGUGGGUCGGACGAUGUGCAGAUAGAGCUGAAGUCAGAACGGCGAGUACUUUCCUCAAGACGCUACAAACGGAGGUGUGAAUGUUUGCCCUUCAUAAGCCGAGCAUUUAUGUUGGAGGGGCAAGGCUUGCCACCAGGGUCAAGAAAGUGCUGACCCACACUACACACACAACACGCUCUCUACCUUUUCUCCACAACCAUAUCAGCCACCAGCCAUCUCAACAUCGUGUGUCCCGAACAAUGGCAACGGUGCGGUACCUGAACCAGCAGGAUGCCAUCAAUAUUGAUUUAGAACUGUUCAGUGAUUAUCAGUUCAAUGUGAACCAACUGAUGGAGCUGGCAGGACUAAGCUGUGCACAUGCCAUUGCUGAGACAUACAGCCCAGACCAGAGGAAAGCUGUACUGGUGUGCUGCGGUCCUGGAAAUAAUGGUGGAGAUGGCCUUGUGUGCUCCAGACACCUGAAAAUCAUGGGUUUUUCACCAGUCAUCCUGUACCCCAAGUCAAAUGACAAACCACUCUUCAACAACCUAGUGAAGCAGUGCCACAUGAAUGAUAUACCCUUUGUUGAGGCAAUGCCAGAUCUUUCUACUCUUGACAAAGAAUAUAGCUUGGUUGUGGAUGCCCUCUUUGGCUUCAGCUUCAAACCUCCUGUACGGCCACUCUUUGCACCCAUCCUGGAAACUCUUUCUCAAACCACAGUGCCAGUCAUUAGUAUUGACAUACCGUCGGGUUGGCAUGUGGAGGACGGCCCACCCACUGAUGUUCCAUCCUUAGCACCAGACAUGUUGGUCUCCCUCACUGCUCCCAAGCUGUGUGCUAAACAUUUUAAGGGUCGCUAUCAUGUGUUAGGAGGACGUUUUGUGCCCCACAAAUUGAGUGAAAAGUAUCAGCUGCAGUUGCCAUCUUAUCCAGGCACCAGCCAGACAGUGCUGCUGACAUCCAGUUCUCAGCAGUGAGUAGACUGGGAAUAGUCUAAUGAGUUAACAUCAAAGUAUAUAAAUGAGUCUAAUGAGUUAACAUCAAAGUAUUUAAAUUCAUGUAAAAUGUUUCAACAAAAUACAUUUAUGUGAAAUGUUUCAACAAAAUGCAUUUGAUAUUUGCAUACAUAUAUCAGUGCCUUGUGAUUAAAUAAUUACAGUUA